UGCAGCACUUUGGCAGCUCCCAAACGAGGAAGGAAUUAAGGAGGCUGUGCCUCCGGGUUGCGAGAAGAGUCCAAGUCAUUUCUCAGAAGCCUCUGACAGGUGAACCUUAGAAGAAACGCCACCGCCUGAACCAAGAGCACGGCAGUUGUGACGGAGACGGCACACCCUUGCCUGCCUGCUCAGGAGAAGAAAUUGGCUCUUCUCUCGAGAAGCUGGAGAGAAACCUGUACAUCUGCCAAAAGAGCCUCGAGAACUCUUUUGGCUGAGGAAAAGAAGGCUGCCGGAAGGAGGUGAACACAAGGAGCAAUGGCUUCUGCCUGGGGCCCGGCUUAGCAGCUGCUCCUGCUCUCAGUCACUUCGGGCAGGAUGUGCCACUAGACCGCCAUGGACACGGCCCCGGGUGCAGGCCUGCAGCUGCAGCAGCUUCCGCCCCCCAGCAGCGCCACCUCCGUGAGCGUGAGCGAGGGCUCCUUCUCCUAUAAGGAAAACCUGAUUGGCGCCCUCUUGGCGAUUUUUGGGCACCUCGUGGUCAGCAUCGCGCUUAACCUGCAGAAGUACUGCCACAUCCGCCUGGCAGGCGCCAAGGACACCCGGGCCUAUUUCAAGACCAAGACAUGGUGGCUGGGCCUGUUCCUCAUGCUGCUGGGUGAGCUGGGUGUCUUCGCCUCCUACGCCUUCGCCCCGCUCUCGCUGAUUGUGCCGCUCAGCGCGGUCUCGGUGAUAGCUAGUGCCAUCAUAGGAAUCAUAUUCAUCAAAGAAAAAUGGAAACCUAAGGACUUUCUGAGACGCUACAUCUUGUCUUUCGUUGGCUGCGGUUUGGCUGUCGUGGGCACCUACCUGCUGGUGACAUUUGCGCCCAACAGUCAUGAGAAGAUGACAGGCGAGAACAUCACCAGGCACCUCGUGAGCUGGCCUUUUCUCUUAUACAUGCUGGUGGAGAUCGUCCUGUUCUGCUUGCUGCUGUACUUCUACAAGGAGAAGAAUGCCAACAACAUUGUUGUGAUUCUCCUCCUGGUGGCCUUGCUUGGCUCCAUGACAGUGGUGACAGUCAAAGCUGUGGCUGGGAUGCUGGUCCUGUCCAUCCAGGGGAACCUGCAGCUUGACUACCCCAUCUUCUACGUGAUGUUCGUGUGCAUGGUGGCCACCGCUGUCUACCAGGCUGCGUUUUUAAGUCAAGCUUCACAGAUCUAUGACUCCUCGCUGAUCGCCAGUGUGGGCUACAUCCUGUCCACCACUGUGGCUAUCACAGCAGGUGCCAUCUUUUACCUGGACUUCGUCGGGGAGGAUGUGCUGCACAUCUGCAUGUUUGCCCUGGGGUGCCUCAUCGCCUUCUUGGGUGUCUUCUUAAUCACCCGGAACCGGAAGAAGGCCGUUCCGUUUGAGCCCUACAUUUCCAUGGAUGCUAUGCCAGGUAUGCAAAACAUGCACGACAAGGGCAUGACAGUCCAGCCUGACCUCAAAGCUUCUUUUUCCUACGGAGCCCUGGAAAACAAUGACAACAUAUCUGAGAUCUACGCCCCUGCCACACUACCAGUCAUGCAAGAGGAGCACAGUUCCAGAAGCACCCCUGGGGUCCCUUAUCGUGUCCUGGAGCACAGCAAGAAAGAAUGAGCCACCUUCAGGUGACCCGCCUUUCCCUAACUGUGCAGGCCGAGCCAGAGGUGGCUCUGCCCUUCAUUCUGAGAUUUGCCUUCCCGUCCUACUUCCUAGACUGCAAGUUCUGUGGAACUGCAGCAGAUCUUAGAAAGCCUUGGUCUCUGGCAAGAACACCACAUUCCCUUGGUCUUGGAAAUUUCAAAUGGAGACAAGGGCGGGGCUGCUUAGCCUAGAGGGAUUAAAAGCCCUUUCUUCUCCUCCAAAAUGGUCACUGGGGCCCCCAGCCAGUGACCAAAGCCAAUGCCACAUUCUUCAGAGUGAUGGCAAAACAGAGGCUCCACCCUGACUUCAGUCCGGAGACAGUGAGUGCUGGCCUCCCUCCCCCUCACAUGCAUGCCUGUUUUAGACAGUAUCUGAGCCCCUUUUCACACGGCGCAGUGGGCCAGCCCUGAGCACAUACUCAUUGGCAUCUCGGCAGUGUCCACCUGCCCUCUGUUUAUGCCCCUCCAAUGAGGAUGGAUGGCGUGUGUUUUUAGUUUUCAUUGGUUUGGUUUGGUUUGGUUUUGGAGACAGGGUCUCACUUUGUAGUUCGAGACUUGAACUCUCUGUUCUGGUUGUCUCUGAAAACAAACCUGGUUCUGGCUCUCUGUGAGGUACUUGGCCUCGCCCCCUCCUAGGAACUGGGAAGUCGACAGAGGAAAGAGGAAAAUAAGAGGGACGGGAGCAAAGGGGUGAAGAUACAUACCCAAGCCCCUAGGAAGAAGAGCCCCUCUAAUUUUCCUGCCCCUCCUCAUAAACAAGAGGUGGGAAACCUGGCUCUUCGUUGGAUUACAUUUUCCCUGCACACUGGCCCCCUCUGGGAAGAUGGGGGGUCCGCUCGCUGUGAAGCCAGCCUCUCCGCUUCCCUUGCACCCCUCCUUUGUGGACCCACCAACCAGGCCAGAGCUGUUGGCUCACUUCCCUGCAGUUGGGAGUCCGUCUGGGUCUCUGGCUCUGAGUGCUGUGAAGUAGAGACCAGCACUCAGAACUUGUCCUCUGGGCCAGCCAUGGCGAACCUGUGGCACGCUUACUGCAGCAGGCUGUUAUCGGUGAAAGCUCUACAAGGUUCACCAUUGCUGCUGCCCCGGGCUGUGCGCUUCUGCGAAUGGCAGGGAAAGGUCUGCAAACUUGAAUAAGGGUGAGGAUCUCCUGGGGGGUUAAAAUGCAGAUUCUCAUACCCCCAACUAUAGAGACUCAGGGUAAGUAGGACUGGGGUGGAACCUAAGGGUCUGCCUGCAUUGUUAAGUGGCACCACUGGGGAUUCUGCUGUAAACAGCUGGAGGUCACACCCCUCAAAUCCUACUAAUGGGAAAAGCCAGCCACUAAGACCCCCCAGGGCCCACGCCCUCCUGCCAUGAAGUUAGAAUUCCACUCCGAAUCCUCUUAGGAUGCUCUGAUAGGGGAAGCAUGCCCCCUCCCCCAGGAUCUGUGGCGUUGCUCCACUAGUAAAUACCACUUAGAACUAGCUCGCGGCCUCCCAAGGCAGCCUUGAACUAACAGGCAGGACGCCAGUGUUAACAGACAGUGUUACCCAGCGCUUACCGGAUAGAUUGCAUUUAGUACUCAUUCUGAUCCUGACUUCCCAAGCUCUGCCAACCUGUCGCCUGUGAUAAGCACUUCAUGUUUUGUCUUAGCCACCUUUGUAUUGUGUAUUAAACACCCAAGAAGGCACCAGAUAAGGAGCUUUACCCCUUAGCUGAGUACCCACUGGGUUCAACAACAUUUUCGAGACAUUUACUGUGUAUUAAGCAUGUAGAGGAAAAAGCUACCAACAUAAGACAUGGUCUCUGCCAUCCAAGCCAGCAGGAGACACGGAUGUCCAGCGGUCUCUGGCAGGGUGGGCAGUGACAGGAAGUGACAGUCAUGGUGGCCCUGAGUCCAAAGGGGUGUUCAGAAUUAGAGAUGAUUUGGUUUCCACUGACAUGUAGUGGCAAAGCCAGCUAGGAUUUGCUAGGACUAGAUGGUGGGAUGAUGCUCCCUCCAGGCGAAGGGGCCACAGAGAUUAGGAGAUGGGGUAACAAAGA